GUCCACUCCGAACUCUCUGUUCCUCAGCGGUGAGGUUGGUCGUCACCAAAAACCACACCUUAGGAAAAUAUCUUGACUAGACAUGUCUGAUCCAUUUGGUGCAUCUGGUUCGUCAAACUCAACACCGAAGGCCAUUGCGAGCCUUGCAAAGAAGCAGAACGAUGUUACUCGCAUGGGGGCGCAGAAGCUCAAGUUCGUGCCGACUUUACCUGCGAGACGGAAGAAGGAGGAAGUGAAAAAAGAAGGAGCUGCUGCAGCGACUACAUCCUUGGACGGAGGACGCGGACGAGGUGCUGAUCGCAGGAGAGGGCGAGGGCGAGGCGGUGAAGGAAGAGGCGCAGCGCCCCGCCCACCGCUAAUUGAGAUGACCGCCAGUGGGCCCUUCGCCAUGGGCCCUGCCCUCGCAGGCACCUCCGCACGCCGCACAGCGCCCCGCUCGCACUUUGCUCCUGCCAUUCCGCUGGGUCUGUGCGGCACGGCGAUGCUGGGCGCGGGCCUCACCGCGACGACCGCGCCGACGCUGAAGCGGGAGAAGAAGGAGCGCGAGAAGAGCGAGGAGGACGAGGAGGCCUACUCGGACCCGGAUGAGGGCGUAGAGAUUGUGGAUAUGGACAAGAUCAAAGAUAUGGAUUGGAUGGCGCCAGAGACCUUGGGUAAGGAGAAGGUGAGGAAGAGGAAGGGUCCGAAGAUGAAGAAAGAGGAGAAGGAGGAUAGGAAGGGGAAAGGUGUUGCCAAAGUCGAGCCCAUGGAGGUGGAUAUCUCGUCCGCAGAGCUGGAGGAGGAGCAAGUCAACCUCGCCAAUGCAGUUGACCUCAGUGAGAGCGAAGACGAGGAAGAGUUGGAAGACAUCAUCGAUGACUUCGCGUUCGCCAACGACACGGAAGAGGCUGCAAAUAUUCGACAAGGACGCCUAUAUUUCUUCCAGUUCCCCAAUCCCUUCCCAAAGUUCACCUCGAAAGCCCCGGAACCCUCAACGGCCGAUCAGUCGAACCUGGAGCAACCCGAUGCAAAAAAGGUGUCAUUCGCACCAGACACAAAACCGCCAGCUACAGCUGAUCAGCCCGACGAGAGUACCUCCUCUCAAGACAAACAAUCCGAUGUGAAGACGGAAGAGCCGAAGGUAGAUGGCGUCAUUGGCCAGUUGGAGAUUUAUGAGAGCGGCGUCGUCAAGAUGCGUCUCGGCAAUGGCAACUUACUGGAUGUAACGGCGGCGACACAACCCUCCUUCCUGCAGCAAGCUGUCUAUGUUGAUCCUACGAAUAAGCAGCUAUGCAUCUUAGGCGAAGUCAGCAGGCAUUUUGUGAUCUCUCCGGAUAUUGAGACCCUGCUCACAGCCAUGGAGCUCGCCGAGCAACCCGUCACGUUUGACCUUGGCGAAGACCUCAUAGCGAUGGAUACAAGCUGAUCUAUUGAUUAGCGUGGACAGCCAUCUCUCUGUUCGUGCUUGUGUUCCGGUCUAUUAUACAGUGCAAGAUGUGGUAGCACUACUGGAUACUACAUAAAACGAUGCCGCUCACUAAAUUGCCGUGCUAAGUAUCAUAUCAUGACUACCACCAGAAGCAUAAGUACAUCGAAGUUGAGUAGGCAAAACAGUAUCUUAUGGUGCAGGAGAGCUUGACGCAGCCGGAGGCGUUUGCGCUUCGGGAGUGGAUGCAGUCUCGGUAUUGCCAUUCGUACUGCUGUCGUCCUCCCCGAAGAUGUCAAGAUACCCUGCAACCCGGGCCUUGUUGACGCCUUUUUUCAACACGAACUCACGCAGGCCCGCCUUCAGACUCGGUUGCUUGUCAACAAGCUCUCGAAGUUGGUCUUU